UAUUUACAGUCUUUACGUAUAAUACCUAAUAAUAUAGAUAAUCUUAAAUAUAUUUUAUAAAACAUCAAAAAAAAAAAAUUAAAUAAUUUUUAUUUUUAAAAAAUAAAAAAAUAAAACUUUUUUUAUUUUUUUAAAAAAAAAAAAAAAGAAAAAAUGUCAUUUACUAGUUUUUUCAUUACACUAUUCAAUAUGAUCAAAAGAGUUUUACCACGUUUAUCACCAUUUGUACAGCCACAAAGGCUAUUUGCAGCCUUAAUGAUAAUUAGAGGUUCUAGUCAAGUUGUAAAUAAUAACAAUAGUAACAAUAAUAAUAAUAAUAAUAAUAAUGUAUCAAAUUCACCUCCAUCAACACCAUUAUUAUCAACAACCAAUAAUAAUAAAACUAGACAAACAUUAAAAUCAAUAAAUAAUUUAAAUAUACCAAAAAAAUCAACUCUAGAUUCCAGAACCAUUUCAAACUAUAGUAGAGAAUUUACGACAUCAAAUAAACAAAAGAUAUAUGAUGAUGCAUACUUAAAUGAUUUAUUUUGGCAAUUAUCAUCACAAGGUCCAGGAUUUUUAAUAGACGCAAAUAAUGUAGAAUUUAUUCAAGAGCCAAUUGAUUUUUAUAAUCAUUUAAUUGAUGGAGUUAAAAGAUCAAAAAAAAGAAUUACAUUAGCAUCAUUAUAUUUAGGUACAGGUAGUCAAGAGAUUAAAUUGGUAGAAGAAAUGACCAAAGCAAUGGAAAGAGAAAAAGAUUUAAAGAUUCAUAUUUUAUUAGAUGGAUUAAGAGGUACCAGAAUGGGGCUAGAUAAACAAAGUAGUGCAACUCUAUUGGGUGAUUUAAUGAAUAAAUACCCAGAUCGUGUUAAUAUCAGCAUGUAUCAUACUCCUGAUUUAAACGGUAUUUUAAAGAAAGUAUUGCCACCAAGAGUCAAUGAAACCAUUGGAGUACAACAUCUCAAAACCUAUGUUUUCGAUGACGACCUUCUUUUAAGUGGAGCCAACCUUUCAAAAGAUUAUUUUACAAAUAGACAAGAUCGUUAUGUGUUAAUUCGUUCAACUGAAGCUGUAUCAAGCUACUUUUAUGAAAUCGUUGAAACUAUUGGAACACUUUCUAUGACAGUCGAUAAAGAAACCUUCACUCAACUAUUACCAAAACCAGGUAUGACAAUUAAUCCAAUCACCGAAUCUAAAGAAUUUAAAGAAUUGGCCUAUAAAAAAUUAUCUACACUUUUAAAACCACAUCAAUUUUAUUCUGGAGAUAAUGGUAAAAAAUCAAUUGACUCCCCAUUUGAUUUAAUAAAUAAUAACAAUACAAACAAUGAUACAUGGAUAUUCCCAACAAUUCAAAUGGGUCCCUUUAAUAUUCGUCAAGAUGAAGUAGUUACAUCUCAUAUUUUUUCAUCAGUUCCAAAAGAAUCAAAGUUCUUUAUUACAUCACCAUACUUUAAUUUAACAGAUAACUAUUUAAAUUUAAUUUUAUUGGGUAAACCAAAAUUGGAUAUUAUCACCUGUUCACCACAAGCCAAUGGCUUUUAUGGAUCUAAAGGUCUUAGUAGUGCUGUACCAGAUUGCUAUGCCAUGAUCGAAAAAGCAUUCCUCCAAAAGGUUAGAGAUUCAAAUAAUGAAAAUCGUAUAAAUGUCCAAGAAUAUAUUCGUGAUAAAUGGACCUACCACGCAAAAGGUCUAUGGAUCACCGACACAAAGGAUCAAUCAAUGAAUUAUUUAAAAAAUGCAUUUAUUUCAAAUAAUCAAAGUAUUUUAAUUUUAAACAAUACUUUAAAACAAACUGUUUCUUUAAAUAUUAGAACAAGAAACUAUACCCAAAAUAGCUCUAAUGAAAAAUCAGCAAAAGUUGAAGAAUAUAAGAGAACUAGAGAUCAAGUUUUAACAGCACACAACGAAAAAUUUAGAUUUUCAAUUAUUAAUUUAACAAAAACAGCAAAUACAGCACAAACCAAACAUAAACUUACAACAUCAGAUACUCAAUUAUUAGGAAAGGUUAUGUCAGGUGUUUCAAUGUGCGCAUCAUUUUUAUCUGAUGAAGAAAGAAUUUCAGCACAAUUAAUCUCCGAUAUUAAUCCAACUCAUAUUUAUGCACAAGCCAUUCAAGUUGGUGAAGUUAGAGGAUUUUUAAUUAAUGGUGAUACACCAAGAUUGGAAAUGCCAAAUGAAGAAAUUAAAAGAAAUGGUGUAUUUCAAUUUUCUAAAGUAUUAUAUGGUCAUUUAAAACCAAUUCAAAGUUAUGUAGAAAUUAAAGAUAAGGAUUUAACUAUUACCAAAGAGUUUCAGCAUUAUUUCGAUCAAUCUGAACAAAUUCCAACUUAUAUUAAAUUAGAAAGUUUUGCAUACCCAAAUAAAGAGACUCAAAAAUCCCAACAAUUAGAAUUAGACCAAGGAUCAACCAUGGCAACCGAAACACCAAGUGAUACUAAUAGUAUCGAGUUUAAUGGCGGUUUAAUAAUUCAAACAUUACCAUCAACACCAAACAGUGAAUUAGAGCGUUUAAAAGAAGCUAUUGAAAGUAAUCGUUCCAUUGCUGAUUUAUUUUUAAGUGAAAAGAAAUCAUUAAAAGAAAUUCUUUCAACCAUAACCAAUAAUGAACCAUUCGAAGUUAUUGGAACUACAUUUAUAGACUUUUAUUGCCGUUGUACCUUAAAAUCCUUCAAAGACAGAUUAUUAUCACUUGGAAAAGAUGAAAUUAAACAUUUAGAAAAACACAACCACAAUGAAUUAAAAUGUAUCUAUUGUAACAAAUUCCUUUAUUUAACUGAAAAAGAUUUUAAAGAAAUGUUAGAAGUUUUAGAUAAACAAGAAACAGAGAUAGAAAAUAAUAAUAAUACAGAAUCAACCACAAAUGUAGAAAAUAAUAAUAAUAAUAAUAAUAACAAUAAUAAUAAUAAUAAUAAUGAAAAUAAAAAAGAAUAA